CUUCUUUUUUUCUUCCCGACGUGUCGAUAUCAAAGAAGAAGAAAAAGGCCUGUAGUCGAGGUUAGGAAAACUAAUACAUUGGGAUCAAUGUUUUAAGAUUAAACCGAGAAUGCUGCAUUUUUUGCAAAUAUUACACUUCGACCAAAAUAUGUCCAAAAUGUUCAACUGCAUGGGAGUGUUAACCCGGCUUGAAAGUUUUAUUUGAGCCUACAAAGACUUCUUGAAAUCCGCAUCAAUUCAACAUAUGGACACGUAUCAGACUUUAUAAAUCUAAUUUUUCUUGAAAUGAGGAUCAGCCCUGUAUUUUGACAAAAAAUAAAAGAAAUGAUGAAGAGAAAAGAAAUGGAACGAUGUAUAUUUACACACCCAGUAUAUACAGCACUCCUCCACACAGUCUUAUUUUAAGUUAAUAAAUAAUUGAUUUCAAAUGAGAUAUAGUGUUGGGCGAAGAAGGAAGUAAAUUUAAGGUGUCGUGAUGGUGAAAGUUGGGCAAGUUGCACUAAUAGCCAUAGCUGGAUUGUCCCUUGUUUUUAUCGCUGCAUGUGUUGGAGGAAAUGUGUGGACAAAAGUGGAGAUAAGUAUCAGAGGUUUUACAUUCAAAGCUAAUGCUGGUUUGUGGAAGACAUGCCGAAAUGAUGAAUGUGAAAAUCGAAAAAUCAUACCAAGUUGGUUCAAGUCUGUCAGAGCCUUUGCAGUUUUAAGUUGUAUGGCUAGUAUUGGUGCAAUCGUGAUGUCUUUGUUGGGAUUAUUUACUGAGAAAGUGAAAAGUAUUUUCGCUUCCGUAUUUUUCGCGGCUGCAGCUGGUUGCAUGGUCAUAGCUUUGGUGGUGUUUGUCUCGAAAGUGGAGUCCACACAGGGUGGCUCUAUCGGUUGGUCGUACAUUAUCGGUUGGAUUGGCGUAGUGACUUCCAUAUUUGGAGUUAUCCUUGGAUUUAUUGCUGCCAGUUUUUGAAAUCAUAGGAUAGUAGUUUUUUACGAAGAAUAAUUGUGUAAACGUUUUUAUUGUUUUAUUCUUCAUUAAAUUUUUCAACUUGAUUUUAGAGACAAAACUAUAAAGCUGUAAUACUUUUUAAAAACAUUUUUUAUACACAUG